AUUUCUUGCACAGAUUCCACCGUUUUCUUGAUGUGAACAGUCACAAAGUAGAGAGGACGAUAGAAGGAAUACAUGAAAAAUUGAUAGUUCAUUCUGACCUUGGAAAAGCUGCAAGCUGGAAAAGACUAACAGAAAAAUUUCUGAACUCACCUCUUCCAAGUGUUGAAGAAACAAAGACAGAUACACACUAUUCCAUACUGUCUCUUCUGUUGUGUUUGUCUGAUUCUCCAUCCAACACCACCUAUGUGGAAAAACCAAGAGACAAAGAAGUGGAAAAGGAAGAAGAAUUUGAUUGGGGAAAGUAUUUGAUGGAAGGAGAAGAAAUUUACUUUGGCCCAGGCAUAGAUACACCAGAUUGGUCUGGAGAAAGCGAAGAGGAGGAAGAUACUCAGCCUUUGAGCAGGGAGGACUCGGGUAUUCAGGUGGACAGGACACCUUUAGAAGACCAAGAUCCAAAUAAGAAAACAGUACCUAAUGUUUCCUGGAAAGUUGGUGAACCUGAUGCCCGCAGCUGGCUGGAGCAGCACGUAGUUCCUCAGUACUGGACAGGGAGAGCUCCUCGCUUUUCACAUAGUUUGCACUUGCACGCCAACCUAGCUGCGGUCUGGGACCACCACUUGUACACCAGUGAUCCUUUAUAUGUGCCAGAGGAGAGAACCCUGGUCACUGAAACUCAGGUUAUACGGGAAACUCUUUGGCUACUUUCAGGAGUGAAAAAGCUUUUUAUAUUUCAGCUGAAUGAUGGAAAAGUGGCUGUGCGGAAUGAUAUUAUUUUAACUCAUUUAACCCAUAAUUGCUUGAGAUCUGUGUUGGAGCAGAUAGCAGCAUAUGGCCAAGUUGUUUUUAGACUGCAGAAGUUUAUUGAUGAAGUGAUGGGACACAGCCCGGAAAGUAUAAUGCACGGAACAGUUGCCACUCCAAAGAAAACGACCGAAGCCCCAUUCAGAACCUACCAAGCUUUUAUGUGGGCCUUGUACAAAUAUUUCAUUAGCUUUAAAGAAGAACUUACCGAAAUUGAAAAAUGCGUAAUUAACAAAGAUAAAACAGUUACACUUUCAAUAGUAAUGGAUGAAUUGUCUCCCAGACUGGCACAGCUGAAGGUGCUUCACAAAGUUUUCAGCACAGGAGUAGCGGAAGUGCCACCUGACACGAGAAAUGUUGUACGAGCAUCUCACCUGCUUAAUACUCUCUACAAAGCGAUUCUCGAAUACGACAGUGUUGGCGAAGCAUCCGAGCAAACGGUCUCCCUUCUGUUCUCUCUCUGGGUUGAAACUGUGAGGCCAUACUUACAGACAGUGGAUGAGUGGAUAGUCCAUGGUAAUUUGUUUGAUCCUGCAAAAGAAUUUAUCAUUCAGAGAAACAAAAACGUUCCAGUUAACCACAGAGAUUUUUGGUAUGCUACCUACACAUUAUACAGCGUGUCGGAGAAGACGGAGAAUGAAGAGAAGAUGAGUGAUAAUGCCAGUGCCAGCUCUGGCAGCGAUCAGGCGCCAUCGAGCAGGCAGCACACGAUGGUCUCUUUUCUGAAACCUGUGCUGAAGCAAAUCAUCAUGGCUGGGAAGUCCAUGCAGCUGCUGAAGAACCUGCAGUGCAGAGACGGCUCUCCGCAGCAGGUCGCAUCGAGAGAUGCCGAACGGAAGAGUUUGUAUACACUGUUCUUGGAAUCGGUGCAGUCCCGCCUGCGGCACGGGGAAGAGUCUGUUCCAGAUAUUAUUACAGAGCAGCAGGCCACAAAGCAGAGCCUGAUAAAGAUGCAGUCUAUAGCAGAAAGACACUUGGAGCUGGAUGAUGUCCAUGACCCGCUGCUGGCUAUUAAUUUUGCCAG